AUGGUACAUGGUAGUAAUGGACGUGAUGGUUUACCAUAUUCACAUCUGACCAAAGACAACAUCAGCUUUCCAUCUGUUGAGAUCCGCCGUCGAGUUGGGGAAGCUGAACGGCUGGUGAAGUCUGCUAUCCCAUCAAUGUCAACUGCCAUUAGACGACCAAGUGGGGUAAAUGAUGGACAAAUCAUUAUGAAGGAUCAUGAUCUUGAUAUGCUUGAGAUUAUGUUUGGCAGAAGCGAACAGCCUGAACGUCCCCAUAAGGUGGACUAA